AGCCUCAGCCUGCCAGCAUCUAUUCCAGGUUCCAGGUUUCAGUCCAGCAUGACAUCCCAGAGGCCUGUCCAGACCUUGCCCUUGAUCCUGAUUCUGCUGGCUAUCCUGGCCCCAGGGACUGCAGACUUCAACAUCUCAAGUCUCACUGGUCUGCUGUCCCCAGCGCUAACGGAGAGCCUGCUAGUUGCUUUGCCCCCCUGUCACCUCACAGGAGGCAAUGCCACACUGACUGUCCGCAGAGCCAAUGACAGCAAAGUGGUGAAUUCCAGCUUUUUAGUGCCUCCGUGCCGCGGGCGUAGGGAGCUGGUGAGUGUGGUGGACAGUGGGAAUGGCUUCACAGUCACACGGCUCCGUGCAUACCAGGUGACAAACCUCCUCCCAGGAACCAAAUACUACAUUUCCUACCAAGUACAGAAAAAGACGUCCACCGAGUCCAGUAGAGAGAUCCCAAUGUCUACGCUUCCUCGAAGGAAUAUGGAGUCCAUUGGGCUGGGAAUGGCCCGAACAGGGGGCAUGGUGGUCAUCACAGUGCUGCUGUCUGUCGCCAUGUUCCUGCUGGUGGUGGGUUUCAUCAUUGCCCUGGCUCUGGGUGCUCGAAAGUAAGGAGGGCUGACUGUGCGGGGCUCCUCCAGGAAGUCCAGUCACCCCAUCUGCCUCCUCCUGAGUCUCAGCCACCAACCUCUGGCUCCUUCACUGCCUUCAUCUCCCUUUUCCUGCCCUCCACCCUGUCCCCAGAGCCCUUUCCUCCCUCAUUCUCCCUCCCUGCCCCCAGGGUCCCACCACCCAACACUCCCUACCAUUCCCCUCGCUCAAUCCUGUGGGAGUCGACAUUCCUCCCAUUUCACCCCUCUGACCCCCGUCACAGUCCACCCCU